GUUUGUAUAUAUAACAUAUAUAUUUGGUAAAACUUAAAAGUUGGCUUCAUUUCACGGAUAUUCAAACCAUGUUCACAUAAACUCACAGAUUCACAGACACCCAAUAAAUUAAAAAAACUAGUAAAUCUACCCACACGGUUUUUCUGAAGUUUUAAAGAAAAAUUUGCGAUAAAUUGAGCUAGGGCUCGCCUCUGGAGUUUCAGAAACUGCGAUCAUGUCUGUGGAGUCGAGUUCUGCUCCAAGUGAUGGUAAUAUCAGAGGCGUGCUCACUCAUGGCGGUCGCUACGUGAAGUACAACGUGUAUGGCAACUUUUUUGAGGUCACCAACAAGUAUGUCCCUCCCAUUAGACCAAUCGGUAGAGGUGCUUAUGGCAUUGUUUGUGCUGCUGUGAAUUCAGACACACACGAGGAGGUUGCUAUUAAAAAGAUUGGGAAUGCAUUUGACAAUAUCAUAGAUGCUAAAAGGACAUUAAGAGAAAUUAAGCUCCUUCGCCACAUCGAUCAUGAAAAUGUUAUCGCUAUCAAGGACAUAAUACGACCACCAAAGAAAGAGGCCUUCAAUGAUGUCUACAUUGUUUAUGAACUGAUGGACACUGAUCUUCAUCAGAUCAUCCGUUCUAAUCAGCCAUUGACAGAUGAUCAUUGUCAGUACUUUCUGUAUCAGCUGUUACGUGGACUGAAAUAUGUACAUUCAGCACAUGUCUUGCACCGCGAUCUUAAGCCUAGCAAUUUGCUUCUGAAUGCAAAUUGUGACCUUAAGAUAGGAGACUUUGGAUUGGCAAGGACAACUUCUGAAACGGAUUUCAUGACUGAAUAUGUUGUCACCCGUUGGUAUCGGGCACCAGAGUUGCUCCUUAACUGCUCAGAAUACACUGCUGCAAUUGAUGUUUGGUCUGUUGGAUGCAUACUUGGUGAAAUCAUGACCAGAGAACCUCUGUUCCCUGGCAAAGAUUAUGUUCAUCAGCUGAGACUCAUUACAGAGCUAUUAGGUUCACCUACUGAUGCCAGCCUUGGAUUUCUUAGAAGUGAUAAUGCCCGAAGAUAUGUUAGACAGCUUCCACAAUACCCAAAGCAACAAUUCUCAGCUAGAUUCCCCAAUAUGUCUCCUUUGGCUGUUGAUUUGCUUGAGAAAAUGCUUGUGUUUGAUCCCAACAAGCGCAUUACAGUUGAUGAGGCUCUUUGCCACCCAUACUUGUCAUCUCUUCACGAUAGCAAUGAUGAGCCCGUUUAUGCCAGGCCAUUCAGUUUUGAUUUUGAGCAGCCAUCGUUCAACGAAGAGAACAUUAAGGAGCUCAUCUGGAGGGAAUCAGUGAAGUUCAAUCCAGAUCCAAUUAAUUAGGAGACUGAUUGCAAUGGUUUGCAUAUGCUGUAGAAAUUUGUUGGGAAUAACUUUAACCCUGGAUAUAAUGUAUUUAUAUCCUUGGCAAGAGUAGGUACACAAGAUUAAGGAGAUCAAGCAGAGCUGGUCAGAAGGAUUUUGGAUCUCAAUUUAUCAGCAAUGAACCCAAAGCAUUUGAUGAUGUGGGUUCAAAUAUCGGCUGGACCAUCUGGUAAUUUUCUCUAAGCUGAAGAUGAAGCCAGUAAAAAACUGGUGAUCAUGUCCAUGAUUACCAAGGGACCUUAUUGUUGUAAUGUUUAUUGAUCUGACUUUCUUACUCUUCCCACUAGAAUCGAUGUAUGAAUCCUAGCGCUGUUUAUAUAUUGGAUGUAUGUGCAUAUUUAUUUA